AUGGCUCGUUCGGGGAAGUCAUCCUUCUCUCACAUAUUCACGGGAGUCUUGCUGGCUACAGUAAUUCUACCAGAGUUCCUCCUGGCCGUUCCGGUGACCCGACGCUUUAAGGAAGAUGGUACCGAGAGAGCAGAUGCCGCAGCGACUUCCAGAAGACUCGUCCGCAACAGGAGAAACAUCAGCUGGUACAAGCAACAUUCCGAUUUCUGGAACUGGUACAAGCUUUUCAGCGAUUCGGGCAACCAGGAUGGCGUUGCACAGCUAGACCGGGUGUAUCUGGCGUACCUGCAGAACAAGAACCGGGCCGAGGCUCAGAGCUCCUACAAGCUCUACCUCCAGCACCUUGGUGAGAUCUACAAGUCAUGUGCUGAGACGGACGACCCGAACUGUGUGGCGUCCUACACGAGCCGGCAGAAGGCUAGUACCGAGCCCCCAAAACCUGCGGCUGUUAGGUCUUGCGACCCCUACAGGGAUCCGUAUUGUCUCCAGUCUAGGGGAUAUGCGUUGUAUCCGUACAUGGUCCCUUCGUCUGUCAGGUCUCCUGCUCCUGCCCCUGCUCCUGCCCCGGUCAAAACACCAGCUUAUAUCCAAGCGCCAAGUUCAGGCUAUCAGUAUUAUGCCCCCAUGGCCCAGUCGUUCCUAUCGUCUGAGCAAAAAGCCGAGCUGCUGCACAUCUGUGGACCUGAUGACGUGGAGUGCUUGCAGUACCAUCUGCGCGGUGCUUACGGCCACAAGCCUGCUGGUGCGCCGGCCCCAUCCUAUGCCCACCUGGGCUGCGACCCCAAGAGCGACCCAUAUUGCAAGCCUCAGCAGGCUCAGAAGACUCCAGUCGGUAUGUACCUCCGCUACCCCAACUGUGACCCGCGCGUUGACCCGUAUUGUGCAUACUCUCUUUCUCAAAGGGCAGAGGCACCAUCCGCUCCACUUUCCUCUGACAGGAUGUGCAACCCGCUCAUCGACGAGAACUGCAACCCUCUGACGGCUACCAGGUUCGCCAGCUUUGCCUCUUCCUCUAAGGAUCCCAAUGAUGACCCAACUUCAGGACAGCCCAGCCACCGUUACGAUCCUUACAGCAUGUACCAAAAUGCCGCAGCUUCCAGAUCCCCUUCCACCCCCCAGUUGCCACAGUACCUUCAGCCUCCCAGUAUGGAAGAGAACUCCCACCCAUACGGACCCCCUGGCAAGACCAAGGAGGGCUAUGACUGCUUCAUAGGCUACGAUGCAGAGUGUUACCCAGUGGGAUCCCACAACAUGCCCAGCUCCGCUCCAAGCAGGCACGUGCCUCACCCCGCCGAGGCCUACGUGCCCCACCUGAACGAUCCCGGCACAAGAACCGGCGUGAUCGAGCCCGAUCCCGACUGCGACCCGGAGUACGACAGGAACUGCCGUCUGCGGCGCUACGAACCCGAGGCUGAGAGGUCGGAGCUGCCUGCUCCUCACAAAGAGCAGGAGCGGGAGCACAGAGAAGAACCUCAGGAUAGAGAGGACCACCAGGAGAACCAGGGUUAUGACCAGCAGUACGACCGCUACAUGAGCGGCCAGGAGGAUCCCUACGCCACGUACGGCCCGCCUGACCAAAGUGCCGUCAGCUUCCAGGACAUGCUAAGGGCUUUUGGGGGUCGAGUUCCUGGCCAGGAUGACUAUCGUGGCUACACAGGAGACUACAAGAAGAAAUAG